CACUCAUGGUUGAAUUGUAGUUUUAAAGCUUUGUCAGUCGUCUACAAUGAUUAUUCUUUCUACCAUUCAUUGAUGAUAUUUGAAUAUUUGUUUUCUUUUCAAAAUUUAAAAAAAAAAAAAAAAACACUUAUUAAAGUAUCAGGUGCUCAGAAAAUAUUUGUGCAUACAAUGUUAUGAAAAUAAGAAGUGAAUAUCAAAUGAAGUACAUUGCACUGACAGCAGUGGACAAGAAACAAAAUGAGGUUUCGGUUCUGCGGGGACUUGGACUGCCCUGACUGGGUGCUAGCAGAGAUCAACACCCUCGCGAAACUGUCCUCCGUGAAGAUGAAAUCACUCUGUCAGCUUGUUGCCAAGUCACUAAUCGGAGAAGACAUGGAUUAUGAAAAAGUUAAGAAGUUGACAUCAGAUGCUAAAUUUGACACGGGCGACAUGAAGGCGGUGGUGGCGGCCGUGGCGUUCGUGCUGUCGUCCUCCGCACGGCACGGCGUGGACGGGGACGAGCUGGGCAGCGAGCUGCAGCAGCUGGGCCUCCCGAGGGAGCACGCGACGGGCGCCGUGCGUGUCCACGGCGACCACGUGGGCCGCAUCACCGAGCGGCUGCGUGCCGGGAGCCUCAGGCUGAGCCGCCUGCAAGACGUGCGCUGGCGUGUUGACUACGUGUCGCAGUCCAGCUUUCAGGUUGGCAGCAUUGACGAGAUGCAGCCUGAGGUGACUGUGGCUCUCACAGUGUGGGACGCGCUCUCUGGAAAGCGCACCACUCGCAACUUCAUCACCACGCCUGUCAAACUAUCCAUACUAGUGGAAGAGUUGAAAAUUGCAGCAGCUCGCAUGGAUUCAUUGCUGUGAAUCCUGCAUGUAAGUUGCAUUCUACUGGUUGCAUUUCACACUUUUUGUCAUUCCUGUUUAGAGAUGUUUAUUAACUUUAUGCUCAAGCUCAGAAUAUUUGUUAUAAUAAACAGUCUUUUCUUUCAA